AAACAGUGGCUUACCACCCCAUUUAGUUCUGUAAUCGAAACAGGAAAACAGAAGGUGUAGACUUUCAGAAGGUUUAGACUUUAGAGAGUUCAGGGUCGGAGUUGGAACAGUAGUACUGGUGAAGAUGAGUUGGGAAAAGUGAGAGGAAUGUCAUAUCUUGGACCUCAGAUUUAAGGGUAAGGAAGUUUGAGGUGUCUUCUUGCAAGGGAGCUAGGCUUGCUUUGCACUGCAUCUGCAUGGUUUGGAGGGUAUAGAUAGAAGAAGAGAAGGGAUCAUGAAGAAGAAGAGUGGAGGAGGAAGAAAAGGAUUCAGAGGACUGGUGCUUUUGUUGCUAUGAUGGUGGAAAUCUUAUGAUCUGCGAACACCAGGGUUGCUUAAAAGUGUAUCAUCCAGGAUGUGUAGGAAAAAAGGAAAACUCCAUGUACUCUGGAAAGCGCUGGACUUGUAGUAAGAAACUUAACUCACUGAGGGUCCAGAGACCUUGUAAUAUCUUCUCUGCAACCCAUAAAUUUGACCACUUUGUAAACCAAGGAGCAGAUAGACUUGGAGGAUCAAGAUGAAUGGCUAUUUAAAGAAUAUUGGGAGAUUGUAAAAGAAAAAGAAGGAUUGACUUCAGGUGAUGUUUAUUCAGCAAAUACCGAUUUGAAGAAGAGAGAAAAUCAAAGUUCCAGAGUUUCACCAGUAAUUAUUAGCGAGAGUGAUGAAAGUGAGGACUUAAUGUCAGAUAGCGACACUAGUGGCACUGGUGUUGCAGAAAUUCUGAAGCAAAUGAGAACAAGGAAAGCAUCUAAGCGGCUGGAGUUUAUAGGAUGGGGUUCUGAACCUCUCAUCAAGUUCUUAAAAUCCAUUGGGAAGGAUACAACCGAAAAGUUGUCUCAGUUUGAUUUGGACAAAAUUAUCUACAACUACAUGAGAGAUAAUGAGCUUUAUGACACCAAAAACAAGAGAAAGGCUCUAUGUGAUCAAAGUCUGCAAUCCAUUUUCAGAAAAAAAUCUGUACUCUUAGAAAAGAUAUAUGGUCUUCUAUGGGAACAUCUUGCUGAGAACGUAACAGAGGAUAGCGAAAGCGAUGAUGAAGAUGAAAUCAAAUUGUUAGAUAAGAACAAAGGUACUGCACAUGACCACAAGAAGAGAAGAGUGAGCUCUGAUACAACCAUAGCAUCUGAUGAACAGAAAGCGAGUCCUAGAUUCCAAAAGAGCUGUUUCGCAUCUAUCGUUACUGAGAAUUUGAAGCUUGUUUACAUAAAGAGGACCUUACUGGAGAAGUUACUGAAGGAGCCUGACCAUUCGGAAAGUAAGAUACUGGGGAGUUUUGUAAGAGUGAAAAAUGAUUCCCUAGACUACCUUCAGAGAAGUACUCACCAACUUUCACAAGUUAAAGGUAUUGUGUGUACUUGCAGUCAAUAUCAGGCGAUGCGUUUUGUUACUGAUGUCAAACCUUGUCGUUUGGAUGCUUUGACAUGCAAAGUUAGUGAUGUAUCUAUACUUUAUAAGCCUAAAACCAUCUUUGAUUGGAUAUACCCCAAUGAGAUUAUCAUAAGACUGAUCUUCAGCAAAGGAGAUAUAAUCUUGAUACCUCCAUUGGCUUUUAAGUCCACUAAGAGUCUUUUGGUUUGCUUUGUUCUAUUUCCUUGCAGGCAUAAAGGAAAUCUUAGCAACCAAUGGUGAGGGCAGUAAAAUUCUACUGCAAGUUUCCUAUUUUGUAAAAGAUAUUCCCCUUUCUCUACUUUCAGAUUCAGACUUCAGUCGGGUAAUUGAUGUGUUGGAAGUCUUCACUUCUCCAAAUUUCAAAGCUGAACCUAUUAAUGUUAAUGUCUACAUAGAAAGCUGGGAAUGUAACUUUUUAAGCCUCAGCAUUUUAGAUAUUUGGUUCUUGAUAUGAUAUUCUUAGAGCUCUUAUCUCGAGUAAGGGUUAACCUUAGGAAACAUUUAGCGAGUGAUUAUGCAUACAUGGACAUGUAUGUGGUCUUUAUUGCACUAUAUUUGCAAUUUUUCAUCUACUAUUUCUUACCAACUGCCUCCUGCAUCUAUAUAUAUAACGUACUCAAAAUUGAGAGUUAAUAAUUC